AUGGAGGACUAUGAUCAUAACACUGAGCGGCACCACUUGAUCUACAAAGAAGAGAUGAAAAAAGAUGGUGAGAAGAUAGCUCUUUGUUGGUAUUGCCGCAAACCAAUAUCGGGUUCCCUCCACAAUUGUGUGGAAUGUCGUAACCUCCCUGUUCACAGCAAGUCAUCCUCAUUCGAAGAUCAUUUAUUGGACUUCAAAGAAAAGCUGGAAAAUGAUGGCGACAAGGAAGUUGUGUGCUGGGGGUGCAACGAACUAGUAUUGGGUCCCGCUUACAAAUGCCGACGCCCAAUCUCUGAAUGCAGCUUCGUCGUUCAUAAAUCAUGCACUGAUCUAUCUUAUCAAAUAAACCAUCCUCUGCAUCCAAACCAUACCCUUACUCUCCAAAAGCCAGGUAGAAAUUGUUGUGAUGCUUGUCGUAGAUCUCACGAUAGAUAUUUCUUUUACAGAUGUGAUCUGUGUCUUUUCCAACUCGACAUCGAGUGUGCUACCCGCUUGCCAAUUAAUCCUAAUGACUGUCACCAACACGACUUCUUCUCUAUCCUCAAGCCGAUCCAAUACAGCUGCGAUGCUUGUGGAAAGGAAUUCAAGAACAUGGCCUACAAACUAUGCAAUAUCUGCAAACUAUUGGUCCACAAUAGAUGUGCUGAACUUCCACGCUUUGCCAAAUUUACGCUACACAAUCACAUCCUCAACCUCAUCUAUUCUCUUAAAGAAUUCAAGAAGCACGACGGCAUAUUUUGUAAAAUAUGCUGUAACAAGGUGAAUACAGAGUAUGCAGCUUACUAUUGUCUUAAAUCAACUCAUUGCCACGAGACCAAAUCAGCUAACCGACGCUACAUGAUUAAGGAAGCAGAAGAAGGCAGGGGACCAUUGGCGUCUUCCAAAGUAGUGCAGUUGAAGAAGUCCGCAGCUAGCAUUAAAGUUUGA